AUGAAUGCAUCCCGAAAACAAAAGGGGAAAAAAAGACAAAAUGCACCAUGGAUUAAUAAAGAGCUAAUAUCUCUAUGUAGGAAGAAGAAGCUACUUUAUAAAAAAGCAAAACAGAGACAAAAUGAAAGUACCUGGAUUCGUUAUCGUCAAAUGAAUAACAAUUUGAAAAGGAAGUACAAUGAAGCUCGGUGGAGGUAUAUAACCGAUUUAGCUCAAGAUUUGACAGACAACAACAAUCCCAAACCAUUUUGGAACUCUGUGAAAUCUAAGUGUAAAGGAACAAACAAAUUGAUAUCCCUGAAAGUUGGAGAAUCUGUUUUCACUGACGACCAAGGUAUUGCAGAUAGCAUCAACUCGUAUUUUUCUUCUGUUUUUACAGUUGAAAAUUAUGAUAAUAUCCCAGUGCUUGACUAUAUAGUGGACGAGAGAUUAGAGAACAUCCGUUGUUCUGUUGACGAAGCUACUUCUAAAUCUUAAGGUAGAGAAGUCCCCGGGACCUGACAAUAUCCCUGCACGUAUUCUAAAGGUAUGUCCAUUCGCGAUGGGCAUGCUACCUAUAGAGUGGAAAACUGCCAACAUUACACCGAUUUUUAAAAAAGGUUCGAAGAAUAGUAGAGAAAACUAUCGUCAGAUAUCUCGUACCGGGAUUAUAUGCAAAAUAGGGGAGAAAGUUGUUUGAAGUAGAGUUCUCGAUUUCUGGUAUAGAAUGAAUAUUUUGAGUGAGAAUCAGUUUGCCUAUUUGAAAGGCAAGUCAACAGUAACACAACUACUCUCAACUGUUGAUGAUUGGGUGAGAUCUAGGAACUCUGGCGUGCCCAAUGAUGUUAUAUUUCUUGACCUCGCAAAGGCGUUCGAUAGUGUGCCGCAUGAAAGAUUGAUUUUGAAGUUAAGAAGUUAUGGUAUCAAAGGGAGUUUAUUGACAUGAUUUAGGCAUUUCAUUACAGGCAGGAAGCAACGUGUUGUAAUUAGAGGGACUUUUUCGGAAUGGUCACCAGUGUCUUCAGGCACUCCACAAGGUACAAUACUUGGACCAAUUUUGUUUUUAAUAUACAUUAAUGAUAUAACGGACUGUAUUUUAUCUAAAGCCAAACUGUAUGCCGAUGACACUAAAAUUUAUAGAGAAAUAAAAGAUCCUGUCUUGGACACGCAUAUUUUGCAAAACGACUUAAACAGUCUCGAUGAAUGGGCACACACAUGGCAAUUAAAAUUUAACAUGGAAAAGUGCGAAACUAUGCGGUUAACCCACUCCAAUGGUACGCUAAAAUCGAGUUAUACUUUAGGAACAUCAAUCUUGAGAGAUACAGAAAGCUUUAAAGAUCUUGGAGUCACUGUUUCAUGUGACCUAACAUGGUGUAAACGUGUUUGUAUCACAGUUAAUAAAGCAAACAAAAUUCUAGGAACUAUUAAACGAUCAGUUGGUACAGCAAACACGAAGGUUUUCUCAAUGUUAUAUAUUGCUCUUGUUAGACCCAUCCAUGAAUAUGCUGCACCUGUUUGGAACCCAUAUCUUGUUAAGGACAUUCAUGCAAUUGAAAAAGUACAAAGACGAGCAUCCAGGCUUGCUUUGCGUCAAAAGAGAGGUGAGAUGUCGUACGAAGAAAGAUGCCAGAUCCUGGGGUGGACAACACUUUCCUUACCGAGGGAUUAUUUAUCAUUACUUGAAUGUUACAAAAUUGUCUUUGGGCUAUGCAAGCUAAACUUCUCGGACAUUUUCGAAUGGUCUAGAGUAAAGUCAACUAGAGCAAAUCACGCGUAUAAACUAUGUGUUAAGGCAAGUAGAGUGAACUGUUACAAAUACUCCUUUUUUGUAAGGACUAUCUGCUUGUGGAACGCUUUGCCAAAAUACGUUUCAGAGGCUAAUAACUUUUCAGCCUUCAAAAAAGCCUUGAAGGACUAUUUAAAGAUCUAAUUUAUUCAUAUAUUUGUAACCGUAAUUUUAAUUAGUAAUUUUUAACAAUUAUUUUAUUUAAGGAAGUUUAAUAUAGGGAUAACCUCAAACUUUCCUUUUCCUCUGUCACUGUAAUUGCAUGCUUCAGUUUCAUUGUGAAUAAACCUGUAUUGUAUUGUAUAGGGCACAUUACCCAGGGCCGCAACUGAUAACCUGACUGACCACAUCGAGUCUCUAGUACUGCUCAUUCAGGUCUUCAGUGUGACUUGAAUGAGCAGUGAUUGCGCUUCACGUGGUGAAGUGUUGUCCAUCGGACAGCACUUCCCUGCCAUUAAUGACAAUCUAUACGAAGUAUAGGUUGUCGUUUCCGCCACAGGAAGCAGCGCAGAGUCGACCGGGUCGGCAAUAAAGUGAAAAAGGGGUGGUUAAAGAAUAAAAAUUUGUUUUUUGCUUUGCGUUUAGCAUGUCAAUAUUCGGCAGAUUCAUUAAAUGUUUGAACUUUGUUGUUGUUUUUAUAUGAAAGAACUAAUUGCAGACCCAUUUCAGUUCAUUGCCGACGCGGCCAAGUCCGGCUAUGUCAAUUUAACGAAGUCAAAAGGCCCGAGGUUCACUAGAGAAUGCUGUUCACUUGAUGCUGACACUUAUGCUAAGGCUGGGUAAUCAGGGAGGCCAGGAAAAAACCUGCAGUACAGGAAAACCUGGGUAGGGCCAAGACCACCCGCAGCUCCCCACAUAGCUCUAUCUUUACAAGUGUAAGAAGAUUCAGCAUCAUGGUAAACAGCACCAUACCUAAGACUGCAAAAUAUAACGUCGGAGCGAGGGUUAUAUAUAAUAGUAGCAUAGUGUUCUUACCCUUUUACUCUGCGGGUUUACAAGUAGGCUGGCAUUUUGAACUAGCUGCUUUUUCUACAACCAGUAUGAAGUGUUUAUAACCAUUUUAUUCCUGCAAGUAUCCAAGUCAGGUUAUAUUUUGAAUUUGCCAUUGUUGAAACUGGGUUAUAGAAGCUUCUGAGCGUUAUAAACUACUAGUUAAACCUCAGUAAAACCUUGUCCUCGCAAUUUAUGCAGGAACAUUACAAUACAUAUAGACAGUUCAUAGGUUAGAAUGUUUUAGAGUUCAUAAUCGAGCGACGAGGCAGCAAUCCGGGAAUAGUCUUCAGUUCAGAUAGCAGGAGUGAACAUCACCAGAACACAUUCAAGUUUGUUGGUAGCCUUAAAAACAAAAGGAAAGACGCAAAAGAAAACGAGUGCUCUACCUGUACAGCGAGAAAUUUGUGGAACUAGGUGAUGAAUGUAUAGGUGGAAAGAUAACUGAAUAGUUAACCUGCAUCUAAGAACGAAAAACGGACUCAAAUUCAUUUAUGCAAUGUUCGUUCCUCAAAAUCCAAGAUCAGAUUAUGUUAGUGAAUAUAUGCUAAUGCCAACUAAACCGCCUUAUAAAGCAACUUAUGCAUGCGGAUUAUUUGUUAUAUGAUAUGGAUGAAAAUCAAUUAUUGCUUGCCUCUGCAAAUUCCAUUGCCAUGCAGGCACAGAAAGCGAGUAUACAUGGAUGAAUCUAGCUGGAGUGUACUGUAUAGUAAAUAUAUGAUAACCUGAAACAGUAUAGUGUUUUUCUCAGAUUGUGUUUGCCAUGCAUUUUGGUUGUUUAUGCAUCCAACUGAUGCACAAUCUGUUAUUAUAGGUGGGUUUCACUAAGUGUUAUACAACAGGGGGAACACAACUUUACAGUCAUGUAUUGAAGAAUUAUACCCACAUUACAUUAGGGGCUUGUCAUAGUCGUAUGAGCGACUACAUGUACGUACGUAACGGUAAAUCGCGUGCAUUUGCAACCAUAGAGAAAAUAACCGAAACACAACUGCGUUUCUUUUUAGAGGUGCUUAAGUGCAGAACGAAUCUGCUAUUGACAGAUAUUUUUAGGCAAAUUGUAUUAUUGCCAGCUAGUCUACAAUUACAAAUAGUACACCGUUAUUGUGACUUUGUCUUUGGCACUUUUAAAUAUGUAUGCGAUGACAUUGUAAGUCGUUAGUAUUAUUACCUAUGUGCAAUCCAAUGGCAGUAUAAUUAUAGCCAGUCAAGCAAUUAUUAAAGGCAAAUGAUUUUGAUAGUUGAAAUAUUUCCACUUUAUUGUACAUUGCCCUCAGCAUUGCCGGGCAAUGAUUGCCCUAUUCAUAUAAAGAAUAUUGCGGAUUUAUGAAACCCCCAGCAUCACCCCUUGUUCCAGUAUGGCUUAAGGCAAAUUGAAUGAAAAUUACAAACAUGUAUUUUUAAUAAACUACAUUAUAAUAUAGCAUUUGUAAAUUCUGAACGCUGAUUGGCUAAGAGCCGUGUUGAUAUAACUCCAUGUCAACACGGGAAAUUUUCCGCCGCUUGUAACACGGAAAUUGUUCUUAUUCUUCGUGCUUUUGACAUUGCUAUAUUAUAAAACAAAUAUAAAACAUUUUUUCCGUAUUGAUAUAUAGUUAUAUCAACACUCGUGGAAGUUGGGAAAACUCGAAAUUGUGUGAAAACACUCCGCCCUUCGGGCGUCGUGUUUCCACACAAUUUCUCGUUUUCCCAAUUUCCACUCGUGUUGAUAUAACUGUAUAUCAACACGGAAAAUGUUUUAUAUUUGUUAUAUACUUAACAAUUCCUAUAGCAUUAUAAUUCUUCAGAUGAAGAUGAAACUGAAGAGAGAGAUGAGAAUGUCCGAUCAGGAAUUAUAAGUCAAAGGUUAAUAUCAAUUCAUAGAAUGUUUCAACAUAACAUAAAUAUAGUUUACUAUGCAUAUGAUUACAUAAUUUGAACUGGUAACGUUUGAAUCACCGAAUACGAAUAUAUAAUCGAAUCAAUAAUAAUAUAACUGCUCUAUAGAAAAUCACACAUUUCCAUUGUGGUGACAAAACAUCAUUUCAAUUGUUUUCAAAUUUAUCUUCAGAAACGACGUCGUUCAAGUUACAGAUGAUGACACAUUAAUUGAAAAUACCACAACUUUGUCGUUUGCCGUAACACAACUGGUAUCUAAUGCUGAUGCAGAAGGCAACUCAGCCAAUGGCAGUGACCUGGAUUCGAUAGCCCCAGCUCCAAGACAAAUUGACGCACUGAACUUGAAAACAGGAAUACCCAGAUGA